UUUUAUGAACGUAUGAAGUCUCCGGUUUGUGGAUCCUGGAUCCGGCUGACGCCGGUGAACAGAACAGGUGCGCACGUUCAGUCAGCGUCGAGAGUUCUGAUUGGAGGAGAGACGCUCGAGUGUAUCCUGAUUGGCUGAGCGGUCAUAGGGGCGUGUCCGCAGGUGAAGUGCAGCGCUUCUAGCGUACAGGGAAGUGAACAGUUCAACAGACAAACAUCUCACGUUGGACGUCAUUAUACAUUUAUAAACUGGCAGAUGUGGUGAGUUGGAAUGCUUUUUUGGGUAUUUUUUAUUUAUUUGUUUAUUUUGUUAUAGAUACCCUGAUACACAUGUAGAGAAGUUUUUUCCUACAAGAAUUGUUUUUCUACCUGCUUGAGUGCUUCUGAAAGUCUGAGGAUUUCUUUUAACCUGUAAUGCUUAAUGUGCUUUUGGAGGGUAACUUUAACUCCUAAGGAGUGAUUUCUAGGUGAUGUGGUUGGUAAAGGUGAUGUGGAUGUUGGUGGAGGUUUUAUUAGCAGGGAGGAAUGAGCACACUGACCAAGAGGAGCCGGCGCUCUGAGGCUCCAGCGGAGCGAUGGAGUAACGCUGAGGAGAAGGAGGAGAAAACAGACGGCACGGAUGAGGAACAGGACACUGACUCCAAAUCACUGAGACUCACUCUGAUGGAGGAGAUUCUGCUGCUGGGGCUCAAAGAUAAAGAGGGCUACACGUCGUUCUGGAACGACAGCAUCUCGUCAGGCCUGCGCGGCUGCAUUCUGGUGGAGCUGGCGCUGAGAGGACGCGUUCAGCUCGAACCGCAGAGCUCACGGAAGAGAAAACUACUGGACCGCAAGGUGUUGGUGAAGUCCUCCGCUCCCACUGGUGACGUGCUGCUGGAUGAAGCGCUGAAGCACAUUAAGAACACUGAACCACCGGAGGACGUGGCCAGCUGGAUCGAGCUUCUCACAGGCGAGACGUGGAACCCCUUAAAGCUGCACUUCCAGAUGCGUAACGUGCGCGAGCGUCUGGCGAAGAGUCUGGUGGAGAAGGGUGUCCUGAGCACGGAGAAGCAGAACUUCCUGCUGUUCGACAUGACCACGCACCCGCUGACAGACAGCAGCGAGAAGGAGCGUCUGGUGCAGCGUCUGCAGGACAGUCUGCUGGAGCGCUGGACCAACGACUGGCGCCGCAUGAGCCGCCGCAUGCUAGCGCUGAUCCUGCUAGCGCACGCCGCAGACGUGCUGGAGAACACACUGUCCUCGCUGAGCGACGAGCGCUAUGACACGGUCUGCUCACGCUCACGCAGCCUGCUGGAGGCCAACCCCGACCUGGAGAGUGCAAAGGUCACGACCCCCGCCGAGGAGAUGAUCUGGGCCGUGCUGGCGGCCUUCAACAGAUCCUGAGAGAACGCCCUUCAUAGACAGCAUCCGCACUCACUACACAGACAGCAGCAGCAUCACGGCCAUUUUUCUUACAUAUAUACAUGUUUUCGGGUUCAGUCGUUUUAAAAUUUUAUUCUUUUUUUUAAAUGACAU